AUGGAGGGUGUUCGGUGGAGGAGGGUGUUUGUGGCCGUGGGGAUUGGUCUGCUGUUUGUUCUGUGCCACCAGCGAGCGGGCGGCGAGCGCGGUCACAGGGUCGUUGCUGGUCGUGCUGAUCCGGCUUCCGUUGUGGCCUUUGACGCGACGGUGGGUGGCCCUGCUCGACGGUCGCGGAUCGUGAGGGUGCCCAACGGCGACGCGUCGCUUGCCGUGCCCCUCUUGGACAAGAUGAACCGGUUCUGGCACGCUGCAGGUACCGCAGAGAUCCGCAAUUUCGAUUCCGUCCGACUCACCUCGGCGAAGAAACCGAACACGUACGGGACGUUGCUCUCGAACGGGAUCGGGGACAACGAGAUCAACGACUUUGAGGUCGAGUUCGAGUUUCGGAUCGACCAGAGGGCGGGGGACACCCAUGUUGGGCUCAGCGGCGACGGUGUCAGUUUCGUCGUCACCUCUGAGAACAAGUUCAUGCUGAGAGACUUGACGUCCUCGUUCGCUAUGCGGCAAUACGUGAUCAAUUCAGGCGGGAUCAUGGCCGGGGAUCAUGGGCUGAUGGGGUUCCCUCGAAACCUGCCCUGUCUCGCCGUCGUCGUGGACACUUACGCGAACGUGCAGGGGUCCACUGUCCCCUUCGCGGACGUGUACGUGAACCGUGUACCAGAGAGGCACUGGUACGAUUUGGAGAGUGAUGGAGCUCGGUCCACUGGGGAGAAGCUGAACGACCACAAAAUCCCACUACCGCCUAGGAUCGCUCAUGGACAGAGGGCAGCGUUGCGGAUCAUAUACAUGGAGUCGAUCUCGUUUUUGAAGAUCGACCUGCGGGUCCCCGAAACGGGGGACUACUGGGUAGAAUUGUUCCAAGCGUACCUUACUGGUGUGAUCCCGAAGAACGCAGAUACGGGGCAGCGGUUCAUCGGGAUGGGAUCUUUGACGGGGGAACUGUCGGAGACCGUCGAACUGUUCAGCAUAAAAACGAACGAGUUUCACUGGGAAACGCUGGAUGAAACUAUGGAGAGUUCUGUUGAUUACUACAGGGAGGCACAUUUGUUCCUUCAAAAGGAGUUUGGCCAGCGGGUCGCCCUGGAGAGCGAUGAGUUCACCCGGUGGAAGAUGAUCAAGUCGCAGCCACACUACAACCUGCAACAGGAGCAAUUGCAACAACAGCAGACUCACCGCUUGUGGUUGUGGGUGCCCCUCUCAGCGUGCAUGCUCACUGUAUUUUACUUGAUCUCGGUGUACAUCCGAGUGAGCCAGAAACACCUCCAGCGAUUGCGACUCCGGGGCCGCACCAGACGUGUUGCCUCGACGUUGCUGCCGAUCUGA